AUGAACUGUAAAUGGCUGUGAUUACACUGUAAAUAGCUGUAAUCAUACUGGCCUGCUGGUUUUCUGGCCAGAAUUGUUAGUAACCAAAAUUCGCUACCCUUUGUUUCCUUAUAUCUGUUACCUCAGACUGUUAAUUCGCCAUGUUAUCGGAUUCGGAACUCUGGUGUUUUACUUUUUUUAAGAAAUGUUCUCCUGGCACUGACCUCAUGAGCAAGUGGAUUCUGGAUGACAAUCAUGUAAUAAACAUAAUUGUUACAAAAGUCAUUGGCGAGGCUGCAAAAGAUAAAUAUAUCACCAGGCCUACAGAAUGGCCAAACCAUACGAAAUCAGAUGUCCUUUACUGCCCGAUCAAGAGAAACGAGUUUAAAGAGUUUCCUCCAAUCUUAAUCGAAGUACAACACACCGCCAACAUGAACUUCUAUCAAAGACUCAUAAAGUAUGCUUUAUCAGUUCGGGACCAGUACUCCGUAUUGCCGAUUGUGAUAGCUAUUUGCGUUUACCACACUUCGAAUGAACUUCUUGAAUUGAGUUCUGUUUCUGAUAAUAUACCUUUUAUGAAGAAAUUGCCUUCAUAUGGUUGGGCUAAGUCUUGUCUUCUGAUCAACAAAGAUUCCAUUCUGAACUUCGAAGAUGAAACUCCUUUGGAACCAGUUGUUGCUCUGGCCCAUUUCUUCGUUGAGCAAAAACCUUCUUUACUCCACAUCAAAAGAAAUGAUGAUGCCACUGUCCAACUUCUUUACAGUAUUGCCAAGCGUAUAUUUGAAGGUGAACUCGCCACCCAUAAAAACAAGGAUGAUGCUUUAGAACAAGUUUGCGCUGAAUCUUAUAACCAAUUAGCUAUGGCUAAGAGGCUAUUAACCGAAGAUGUUUCUGAUGAGGCUGCUCGUAAACGUACUAUUGACUGUCUCGAUAAUGGCAUUAACUUUAUAAAUGAUUUUAAAAAGAAACAUAAGAUCAGCUCUUAUUCUUCUUCAAACGAACCUACUGCUAGUUCAGUUGUUGGUAACCAAAAAUUAAAUCCUGAUUGGCAAUUCGUUGACCUUUACCGCGAAGAAAAAGGCAAAGAUAUGGACUGGAAUAAAUGCUUUGAACUUGGAAAAGAAAAAAGACUUUUUAAAAAAUAUACCAAGAUGGACAGCGCAAAGGCAGCAUACUUUCGUGCCAAAAAAUAAAUAAAAACUAUCUGAUUUUCUAUCGUUCUU